ACAUAUGUAGGUAGUGGGCUUUAAUGGGCUUUAGUGGGCUUUAAUGGGCUUUAGUGGGCUUUAAUGGGCUUUAAUGGGCUUUAAUGGGCUUUAGUGGACCCUUUCACUCUCUUUUACUAACUUGGACUUUCCAACUCGAACAUCAACCCGCCUUCACCAAAUUCCCAACAAACACAAAAUAUCCAAACUAUGAGCAAACCCGGCUUGUCGUUUGGUCUGAAUUUGGCCAAGAAGCCAGGUGCUUCGAAACCUGCUCCUCCCAAAAGAAAACCCAUGUUUGGCGGUGAUGAUGAAUCGGACGAUGACAACGCGAAUGGCCCGACCAACCGACCUCAAGCCACCCAAAUAUUAGACUUGGAUGAUUUCACCACCCCGUUGCCUGAUUCCAAACCGACCAAGAAGCCUGCACUCAAGUCCAAAAAUGGGCCGCCAACACAACCCCCAAGCAAUAAAAGCAAGAAACCACAGAUUUCCAUGUACGGGGACCUAUCGAGCUCCCUAGAAUCGCGCAAGCACCGCGAAGCUGCAGAAGGGCUCGACCCUUCGAUAUACGACUACGACGCCGUCUACGACUCUUUAAAACCGGAGAAGAAGGUCACGCAAGAGGAUGUGGAGAGGAAGCCGAAAUACAUGAGGAAUUUGAUAGCUUCGGCCGCAGUGCGCAAACGCGACGCCCUCAUCGCCGAGGAGAAGAAGAUCGCGCGGGAACGGGCUGAAGAAGGCGAGGAGUACGCCGAUAAGGAGAAAUUCGUCACGGAGGCGUACAAGAAGCAGCAAGCAGAAAAUAGACGGGUCGAAGAGGAGGAGCGCAGACGCGAAGAAGAGGAAGCUAGGAAAAACAAGGGUGGUGGCAUGACAGCAUUCUACAAGGAUUUACUGGAGAGAGGCGAUCGACAGCAUACCGAAGUCCUCAAGGCUGCAGAAGAAUGCGCAAAGGCGGGACCUGGGGAGAAGGAAGAGGCGAAAGAUGAGACCGUUAAAACCGAAGCAGACAUGGCAAGAGAGAUCAACCAAAAGGGUGGCACCAUUGCCAUUAAUGAAGACGGUCAAGUUGUGGACAAGCGCGAGUUACUAAAAGGGGGUCUAAACCUAGGCGCACCAAAGAAACAAGAAUCUCGAAAGGAUGCUGGCAAGGGAUCGGAUCGGAGGGACAAUCAAGGCUCUUCCCGUGGCUUCGUGGGUGCUGGUGGAAAGCAAGGUAUGCGCGAAAGGCAAACUCGAAUGCUCGAGGCGCAAUUGGAACAGUCCUUAAAACGCACCUUGGAGGAAGAAGAAGAGGAGAGGCAAAAGGUUGAACGGGCAUCCAAAAGCCGCAAGACCGAGACCGACGUCUCGAGCGCCCGGGAGAGAUACCUGGCACGUAAGAGAGAGGCAGAAGAGGCCAAGAAGAAGGCUGCCGCGGAGAAGUCGUGAGGAGAAUCUAUACACCCGUUCUCGUUUUCAUCGAGACGAGAAUCCCUCCACCUUGAUUCCGAGGCCUUCUCAUUAAUGUACAGUCUAAGCAUUCGUGGUUUCCGACUCCUUCGUAAGCUUUUCAUUCCCCAAAUUUCCGCGUCGUUCCCGGCUCGUAAAAGUUGCGU